AUGGUCACAGACGUACAGUUGGGUAUAAUGACUAACGCUCUUGGUGUUGCUAUGCUUCUUCUCGUGGUGUUUUUCCAUUACAUUACAGUUAACCAACAGAAGAAGAAGUGA